AUAUUUAAAUAUUUGUUAAAUGUUAGUUGGGUUGAGAUCCACGAAUUACUGUUGGGAAGAAAAUGUUUUGAGACGAUGCAGGAAAGUCGGAGAUACAGUUGGCAGUGGGAAGUAAUAGGACAUGCAAUAUGCAUCAUGGACGAAACUACCCUUUGUGUUGUGCAUGUUACAUGAUCCCUUCUCGUUGAUGUUUCAGUUUGUUACGCGCGAAGUGAAAGAAGUAACAAGAAUGAUACCAGAGCAAUGGGCAUCUCCAUGUGGUGGCCAAUGCAACAACAAAUACGCAGCACUCACCCAAAUCCCAUGGCGAGUAUUCUGCAAAAAGGGUUGUGAUGCAGAUGGAGACACAUGGGAAGAAUGUUUGGAGGAGUGCAAUCAAUUAUGCUACAAGGACCCUGUACUCGAGAACCAGAAGUGGAGUGCGUAUAUUGAUCGUUCUCCUGGAUCUCAAAGUUAUUCCGAGGAAUGUUUCCAUGCUUGUGUAUCUGGCUGCAGUUACAGGUUUGAGGUUGAAGCAGAAAUAGCUGAUAAAGUUAUUCCUAAUAGGCCACCAAAGUCUGAGCCUGAGCCUGAGCCUGUAAAGAAGCAGAAGCCACAAUAUGAAGACCCUAAAUACCCGGAUACUUCUGCAUAGAUAGGAAUUAGUUUGAUGUUACAUCCUGCUAUUGUUAUAUGGAAUUUUCAUUGGUAGCAUAACUAGUGUGUAACCACUGCAUGCAUGGUUUUAUUUAAAGAUAGUUGGUUGAGCUAGGUUUGUAGUUUUCUAUCUGGUCAGUAACUUCAUGAAUC